UCCGAGAGCGAUCAAGCGGUGUUACCGCCACAUUCGGUUUCUCGAGGUAUCUUGCCUCAAUCCUUCAUGUAAUAACCACACAAAGAGAUAAGAAAGCUUUCCAAUAUCCUGGCUAUAGUACUAGUAGGAUCGCGAGAGAGAGAGAUUGACCAUGGUGGAGAAGGGCAACAGUCUGAUGUUACCAGGCACCAUCGGGGCCAUUCUGGUGGUGGUAGCAGGGUUAUCCCAUCAACAAUCAGGAUUUGUGGUGGGUCUCUUAAAGGGCUUUUUCUCCGAAGAUUGCUGGGAGACUUGGCCUCCUUCCGCAGAAUGCGUGGUACACAAUGUACCCAUUCUGAUUGCCGUUAUUUCCACGGUGGUUCUCUUCCAAAUUGUGAGUGUUCUGACUGCCAAACCUACCCAAGCGCAAGAAGACAUGUACAAGGAACAGUUCGAGAAACGACACGAAGUGAUUGAGGAAUAUGUGUCCACUCUCAAGGAACACGAAGAAUUGAAAAGUGAUGAGCUGGGAACUGUGGAUGCCAAGGAAUUACUCUCCAAAAUUCGUGAACUGGCCGAACUUUCCGACUACAAAGAGGCCGUCAUGUUGGACGCCAUUGAUUGGCUGUGGAAAUUAUUUGAGAAAGAGCUCAGGAUUGCCAUUGACAAAACCAGAGAACAGACUGUAGUAGAAUAUGCCGAUGGCGAAAAGCUGGCAGCUCUCAUGGAACGGAUUUAUGGUAACCUCAAAAAGUUUUCCUCUUCGGCAGGGUACCAACAAGAUCCGGAGGACAAAAAACGCAUCAAUAGGCAAAUCCGUGUCGCUUGGAAACUUGGAAUUCAGAUUGGCUUUGAGGGAAUUUCCAAGGCAUGCAAAAUGAUUGCCAUUGCUGGCACUGAUUCUUUGAUUUGGGUUGCGGCCCAGACAGUCUUUACAACCCUUACAGCCUCCACUACUGCCUUGUCCUAUUCCUACAGAGCCCAAGUGCUCCAGAGUCUGAUUGAAGGAGGCGACCAGUUCUGGAUGGCGGCCAAAGCAUCCGUACUCAUUGAGCUUCUAAGCACCGUGAUGGAACUGGUCACCGAUGUCCUCAUUGAGCGUGGGCAGCGUGUCUUGGGACGAAAGCUUCAAGUGAAAUACUUUGAAGCAUUCACCAAACGAGACUUGGAAUGGUGGCGAGCCAUGGAACGUGACGGGAAAGAGGCGUGGACCUUCAUUUGGCUCUUGUACGAAGCCAGCGACAAUGUUGAAAAGUUCUUGUCCACUCCACAGGACAUGGUCAGCAAUAUCACCACCAUUGUCACCCACGUCUACGUCAUUUACAGGGCAUCUAGCAGCAGCGUGUACACACUCCUUGCGGCGCAGUUUGCAGUCAUUGCAUUCAAUUUCAUGUCAUCUUUUGGCUUUCGAUGGCUUCAUAAGUUUGCUGUCAGGGGAGUUUUGGAAGGCGAUGAAUGGACUUGGAUGGACCGUUUGGAUCCAAGCUAUGUUCGAAUGUUCAAAUCAUUUGCUCGGUGCGAGAAGGAAGUCAAAGUCUACACCGAAAGUCUCGCCUGCGAGGCUCAGAAAAGCCAGCGAGAGUUUAUGGUUGAGUCCCUGCGCAAGCCAAUUGAUGCCAUCGCCAAACAAGCAGGUGAAGUGGUGCAGCUUGAUACGACUUCAAAGCUGGCAAAGAAAGGCAAGGUCGGAAUUGCUGAAGCCCACAAUCUAUUGACAUCUGCUGAAGAAGUUGGAGACACAACGCAAACAUCUUGGAGAUUGCUCAGAAGUGUCAUAAAGCAAGCUAGCCCAGUUGCUAAGGUGUACGAUAUGUGCACCUUGAAGUCUAAAAUUGACCCUGAUUGCGGACUUGUGCCACCCAAUAGAGCCAAAGGCCAUAUCAAAUUCGAGGAGGUUCAAUUUUCGUAUCCUAGGGGUGCAGAGGUGCUCAAAGGAGCGUCAAUGGCGGUCGGCCCGGGUCAGACAUUGGGAAUAACCGGAAGUGCAGGCUGUGGCAAGUCCACAGCUAUGCGCCUCCUUGAAAGGUUCUAUGAUGUCACCGGGGGGCGCAUCCUUUUAGACGGCAUUGAUAUCCGAGAAUACAACCCCACUUGGCUUCGAUCGCAGAUGGCCGUCGUGGCCCAAGAGCCACAACUUCUACCAAUAACCCUUCGGCAGAAUCUUACGUUUGGAUGCAAAGUUGAACCCAGCCUGAAGGAGAUCGAAGAUGCAUGUCGGGCGGCAAACAUACUUGAUGCUAUUAAGGACAAGAACAAGUUUCCUCGUGGACUGAACACGAGAAUGAGUUCGCAAGGCAACAUCUCAGGGGGCGAAAAACAACGCAUCGCGAUCGCAAGAGCCAUUCUGGUGGACCCACCCAUUUUGCUUCUUGACGAAGCAACUUCGGCUCUCGAUGAAGAAAACCAAGAGAAGGUGCAGGCAGCGCUGAACAUACUGAUGGAAGGAAGAACGACGUUGGUCAUUGCUCACAGGUUGUCGACCAUCAAGAACUCUGAAUGCAUCGUUGCCUUUGACAAAGGGAAGGUUGUGGAAAGUGGAACGCACGAAGAGCUGCUGAAGACAGAAGGAUCAAUCUACGCCAAACUCUGGAACAAACAGGCAGCCGGCCCCGGUGCCACAGAGGAGGACGACGACGAGGAGGAAGACGAAGCAGAAUUAGAAGCGGAAGAGAAGGAAGACCCUGAAAUUUGUCUCCACCCCACCCUUUCCGCGGAGACUCGUUUGCACAUUCUUGAAAAUCACAUUCUCGAGUCCAACAUGCCAGCAGCAACGAAGAAGGAAACUCUACGAAUCAUCCAUCAGCUUGAGAACGAGGCAAUGAAAGUAGAGGAUGCACAUGAAAUAAACCUCACAUCCAAAGUUGCAGCCGACUGGCAAGGUCUCGUGGACAGGCACGAAGAAGACGAAACGAAUGCCAAGAUGAAGAAAGCCGUUCGCAAGAUCAUGUUCAAGAAUCUUCAUCACAAAAUCUCUGCUAAUCUGGAUGACUCAGAUAUUAUCGAAACUCGCGAAACGCGGGGCCCAGCUGUCAGGCGUACCUCGCUUGUUGGUGGUAGGCGAUCGUCGGUUGCCAGGCGAAGCUCAAUUACCAAGCGCACAUCAGUUGUCGGUUGAUCAACGAACAAAAUGUGAUGAAAAAUGCUGAUGAUGCUCUUCAUCGUGGCUUUGUUCCUCCGGAUGACGUCUCAUCUUGUGGGGUGAAAAAUUUAGAUGAACUUCUUGAUAUGCAGCAUGGUUGUGUCAAGUGCCCAUACUAGAACCAGCCUACCAGUACCAAGUUGGUUUGGAUGCUGAAAGCAAUGUGUAUAAGCAAGUUUCAGAAACCUGUACGCAGUCUCUGCCAUCAGAAUUCUGCUAAUCGUCCGCUUUCGGACCUGAAAAGCAGUCAAUCCUGUUGUGUCUUGUAGCUCUUUCAACCGCCUGGUAUAAAUGGCUCUCUCGUCAUUGGGAUUAUGAGUCUUUGAAGUUAGGCAUUUGAAGUUAGGCAGUCCAUAGGAAGAACCCAAGUGCUGUCACUGAAGCAGUGACACUCAUCGAUACACAUGAUAUCCUUUGUCCUUUUGACUCUGUUGGUGUUGGGGAAUGUGUUGGAGAAAUAUCUGGAGCUGCAGCAGGCAGUGUUGGAGCUGUUGACGAUGUUGGGGUCGUUUCCAAUGGCGAAUUGUCGUU